GCGUGUUGUGACGAUGGUUAAAGAUUUAAUGCCUGAGAAACCACUUGUGCGGUAUGCGCUGUCAGAUUCAAACACAUAUCAAUCGUCAACUGUUAACGCAUCGCAGCCACCAUUAUCACAUCCCUCGAUUGACGGAUCAGUAGUGUCCUCGCUGUCUUCACUUCAUAUGCAGUCACCACCAUCACAUCCCCCAUCUCCAAACUACGAUGAAGAAUCCGAAGUAGAAUUACAUUAUUUCACACUGAUAAUGGAAAGUGAAUAUGAACAAGGAUCGAAUUCAUCAUCAUCGUCAUCAAUUUUAGAAGAACUUGACAAAAAAAGAAAUCGAAUAAGAUUGAUUUAA